AUGACGGAAUCCAAUUUCUUAAAGUGUUUGCAAGAAUUUCAUGGAGCUGAUAAAUGGUCGGAUUUGUCUAGUAGAACAGUCCUUGGUCAAAAUAUCAACUUGUUUCGUUUCUAUGAAUCAGCUAAAAGAAGGGGCGGAGUAACUGCCACCGUUAUAAUGACGUGUUGGCGUGAAAUAUGUGUAGAAAUCGGAGUUAUCAACUCGGACGAUUCCGUAUCCCUGGAAGAAGCUCGCAAGGCGUCCCAGUAUUUUUUGGAGUGUUUUAAUAACUUUAAUUACCAAGAAUCCUUGGAUUCUGAGAGUACAAACGACUCUUCCAAGGCGCUCGAGCAAAAGGUUCCUGAGGAAGGUCCUCCAAACGUGAUAAGUGAUAAACAAGAACAAUCAAAAAGUCGUAAAAAUGCUCAAGUUCCGGAUGAAGAAAACCUUAUAUGGAUGGCGAAACAACAUAUAAAAACUAUAGCACCAAAGGUUAGGGUUUUUUUCAAGAAUGGCGGAAUUGGUCUAAGAGGCGGAGACGUUCCAUUUAAUGCAGACACACAAUGGAUACUACCGUCAUAUGACAAAUCAUUACCACUUCCCUAUAAUACCCAAUAUAAGGUAGCAUAUGCCGCAAAAAUGGCAGCAGAUCUCCCCAAUUUCCUGUCGCGUCUAACCACUGAUGAUGCAGUUCCUGCCAAGGACAACUCUUCAGCUGCUGAAUCAAUGUCAAUUGAAACUGUUUGCAAAGGUAUUAUUUCAGAGGUUAUGAAGUUGCUAAUCACACGUCAGGAUGUAGACGUUUGCUUAGAUGUUAUUUUUAAAGCCAUAACUCUUUCCAACGUAUCUAGGGUUCCCGGGUUGCAUAAACAAAUUUUAUCGAUAACAAUGGAAAUUUCAAAAGAACUAUCAGAUUCCAACGAUUAUUUCAGGCAAAGGGAGAUUGUCAGCAUGUUGAAUCUCUCUUGUGGAAUCGUUGAUGCGCUUGUAUUUAAUUCAUUCAACUCACCAAGUAACCCAGAAGUGUUACCAGAUAACCUGGAAAAUUCAUCACAAGAAACCCUAUACUUUCUUGAGUCACUGCGAGCAGCUUCUUGUGCACUGUUUAAGAGAGUGCAUCGAUUAUUUAGCACUUUUAGUAAAAAUGCGGCUAGAAACAACUCUAUAAACAGAAGGAGGAGUAGAACUGUUGGAAGUAUUGGUCCAUUUGACACUUACUUUUCACCAGGUGACCAUGGAGUACUACUCGAAAGAAAAAAUAGUGCAAAGUAUGUGAAUGAUAUAUGCGAUGUUAAUGCUGGUAUUCAAGUUAUAGUGUCAUCCUUAAAUACGAUAAUAAAUCUCUGUAAAUCUGCAAAAUCACCAUUCCAAAUUGAUAUUCUUUCUCUCUAUUUUGGGAAUUUGUCUGAAGUUUUUGUUAACACUUUGCAAAAUAAUAGGGUUCCGAGAUAUUGGCUCUGGAAAGAAUUCCAGUAUCUCCUUUGUAUUUUUUUAACGUCAGCUUGUGAAUAUUUUAAUAAAGCCUCUCUAUCCACACACAUCAAGAUUGUCAAAUACUUACACAUUAUAUCUCUAGCACUCUUGCAUGAACAAAAGUUACAAGGCAACACACUUGUCAAAGUCCUGGAAUUACUGAAUGUCCUUAAUAAUUCGGAUCUAAAUGUUGUUGGUUUUAUGAAACCUCUAAUUUUAUGUACUUGUAAAAUACUCACAGAGCGUGCAAUCGAAAUUACACGCGGUAAUCUUUUAAGCACUUUAGAUUUAAACAAAUUCUGCAUGAAAGAAAAUGAGCCACCAAUCUUGCAAUAUGACAAAUGUAGUGAUGAAAAAUACUUUAAUCCUCUUAUAUUAAACAAUGAUAGCAAUCAAGGAUUCUCGUUUAGACUAAGUAAAGCUCCCAAAUUAACGGGUCUUGAUUUACCUGGAUUCUUCAAUUGUGAAUGUAACCCCUUGUUAAAUCCGUGGUCACUACUUUUGGGAGAGCCGUGGAAUAGUAAAAUUAUAAAGAAUGAGAACACAAAGAGAAAGUGCAACAUAUUGCAAAGGCUAUUUUGUGAUGAUGUAGUAUCUCCUAACAAAGCUGUACCUGUAGAAGAUGCUGUUUCUUAUCUACAAUUAUGCUAUAAAUAUAUUUUUGGUUUAUCAUACAAGAUCUCACAAAAAAAUUCACUUAAUGAAGCAAAUAAAUGUGAAAGUAAUGCAGUCGUUAAUCGUACACCUACAGCCAACGAACUCGUUUUUCAAUGUCUAACCAAGCUGACAAGGUACGACUUUUGUUUGAGUGAAAUUAGUGCCAUGGAAAGAACCUUUCUGGAAUGUGCCUUUAGUGAUAGUGAACAUUCUAAACUUGUAUGGCCUCUAAUUCAUAUAUUAAUGUCUGGCACCUGCAAAGGUGACUAUAAAUGUCCUGAUGAGCCCUAUCAGGUCUCAUUUGUUAAUCAUAUUAAAUGAUUAUAUUC